AAUUAUUUUUGGCCUACUUAUCUUUUAAAAAAAAAAAAAAAAAAAGAUAUGCCCUAAGACUUUUUAAACAUUGUGCAAUGAUGUAAGGACAGUAUGUGAAACAGCAUAUGGCUACUUUCUGUUACUUGCUGCACUUUUUCAAAUGUAAUGUUUGAUGUGCUCAGUGGUAAUUCUGUUUUCUAGUGUGAGGAGUCUGUGCUUAUUGCACUAUUUGUUAGUACUUUUCAGAGGCUUGGUUUUCGUUUAGAGCAAAGGAUUUCAUGGUAAAUUUGGUGAUGGUUCAGCUCACAAGGCAGGAAAAUAUUCAGUAUUCCCUUCUUCUUGGUCCCUCAGAUGAACUGAAAGAUGACUACCUAAGCACUGAAUUUGAGGAUGAACAGUGGAUAUCUUUUCACUGUCAUAGAAGCAGAGCAGCAUAUGGUCAAAACCAUGAGAAAUUAGUAGCCCAGAGGAAGCUGCUGAUCACAUGCAUUAUCUGUUUGGUCUUCAUGAUCGGAGAACUCGUUGGUGGCUAUGUUGCUCAUAGUCUUGCUGUAAUGACUGACGCAGCCCAUCUUCUCACAGACUUUGGCAGCAUUUUGCUUAGCCUCUUUUCACUGUGGAUCUCUAAAAAACCUGCUUCCAAAAGCUUGACUUAUGGCUGGCACCGUUCAGAGAUUUUGGGUGGCCUUUUCUCAGUGCUGUCCAUUUGGGUUGUGACUGUUGUACUGCUGUUCAUUGCCAUCCAAAGGAUCAUCAGUAAUGACUAUGAAAUACAUAGCAAGAUCAUGCUCAUCAUCUCUGGCUGUGCUGUGGUGGUAAAUAUCUUAAUGGCAUUUAUUCUACACCAGUCUCCAGUGUCUCAUGGUCACAGCCAUGAUCACAGUAAUACGAGUGUGAGGGCAGCUUUCAUCCAUGUGCUGGGAGACCUACUACAGAGUCUGGGUGUUCUAUUAGCUGCCAUGAUCAUUUACUUUUGGCCUGAAUGGAAAAUAGCAGAUCCUAUUUGUACAUUUUUGUUUUCCAUACUUGUUCUUGCAACAACAUCUACAAUUCUGAAAGACAUUUUCAGAGUGCUCAUGGAAGGAACACCACCCUGUAUAGAAUAUGACUCCGUGAAAGACACCCUACUAUCGGUCAGAGGAGUCAAAGCCACACACAGUCUUCACAUUUGGUCACUGACCAUGAGUCAGCAUCACAUGUCUGUCCAUGCUCUCAUAGAUGAACAAACCGAUCCACAUACUGCACUUAUGGAUAUGACAAAGCUGCUCCAGACUGAAUUCAGCUUCCACAACAUCACCAUUCAGAUAGAGGCAUAUUCUGAGGAAAUAGCUUACUGCCAUGAGUGCCAAGACACAAUGGACUGAGUUAUUGCAGGAGAAUGUCCUCAAAAACACAGCUUUCCUCAACACUUUCAUGAAUGUCAAACACUGUGUUUAUGUUUAAUAGACCACUGUCUGGUAUUUUUUUUUUUUUUUUUUUUUUUUUAAAUACAGUCAUGGAUUUUGAGGGGAACUGUUCUCUCUACACCGUGUAUGGCAUAUCAGUAUAUAGAAGCACCCAUUCAACGUUGUUUUCGGCUGUUGAGCAGUCUUAUUUUCACCACUCACUUUCUCCAUUUCUGUAAAAUGUGUCUAAAAGGCUAAAUAAAACUAUGUUCCAGAACAACUGUCAAGUGUAAAAGUUUUAUACACAACACAACACGGAGGUCUGUUAUCAUCCCAAAGCUGACUAUCUUCCAAUAACAGUGUUUAAGUGUUUUAUUCCCCUUAUACCACAUCAGUUAUUUUUAUUCUAUAAAGAACAACAUACAUUUGUUUAUAUACAUACACUUGUUUAUAGUUAGAUUACAGUUAUUCCCUCACUAACCUCUCUUUUGCCUCUUGAAGUUAAUAAGACAAAAAAAAAUAAAAAAAAUAUGCAGCUUGUCAUGUUAGCAAGAUACCACUGAGCCCUCCAUUCUGAAGGCUUUUUUUGUGAUGGAAAAAAACAAA